UUUUGUAAAAUGGUUAUGUUAGUACACUUACCGUACUGUAGUUUAUAAAUAUACUUAAAUAUGUCAACAGCUCGUUUAUAAACUGUUAAUGUUCUAAAUAAUAAGUCUCAACAAAGCGAAUCCAAAAACAUGAGUGUUGUAUGUUAUCUACAUCGUGCGUUCUAAGAUAGAAACAUAUGAUCUACAUGAACGUCGUUCUUCAUCUAAUAUGUAUGCCUAAGUAGUGAGAAAAUUGGAUUUUUAGAAAAGGAUGGAAGAAGAACAAGAGAUGCAAUCGAACGAAAGCGGAUUCGGUGAAACACGUGGCACGGAAUAUGUUAACAGACGUUGCGGUGCAGCAAUCGUGUCCUUUGUGUGCGGUCGGACGGGCUUGUUGAUCCUGGUGACAGGCUACGCCUUCUUCGGCGCGAUACUGUUUCGUACGUUGGAAAGCGGAAGCGCGCCUUUGUCGUCCGAUUUAGACGCCGUCGCAGGAACAUCAACGGCACCGGUACAACAGAUACAGCAAAGCAGGGAGGAUUGUCUCAGGGAGCUUUGGCUUAUUACAGAGCGACUUAAUGUCCUUUAUGAGAAAAAUUGGACAAAGUUAGUGACCGAGCAACUGAAGAGGUUUGAAAAGGCUGUGAUAGAGUCCUCUGGGAAGGACGAUUUUCCCCAUUCAUCGGGCGCCCAUUGGACAUUUGGGGGAGCACUUUUGUACACUAUAACAUUACUUACUACUGUCGGUUAUGGUAGAUUAUCUCCUAGAACGGCCACAGGCAAGGCUGUGGCGAUGGUAUAUGCAGUCAUCGGAGUUCCUCUAAUGUUGAUCCUUCUUUCUGGUCUCGGUUCCCUACUAGCAGUCGGUGCGCGAAAGGGCUAUUCGAAGUUAUGCUGCAGACGGGCGGAAACGUCAACGGCUGCAAAAUUCAUGCCUUCAGUCGGAUAUCAGAGGGCUCCUUCGAGCCCCUCAGGAAAACACGUGUGUCGACCGCCUAACGACGAUGCUGCAUCAAUUCAGAUAGCCCCGAAUCCACACGCUGCUGUCCAAAAUCACGUCAACCAUAAGCAGAUUCACCUAAAGAUGGAACACCAUAUUGUUCCAAAAAAAGUACUGCUGGCCACAGUCAGAACCAGUCACGCCCGUGGUCGCUGCGUCCAGAGCCAAGUCCGUCAAAUGCUGACAGACACGCAUUUUUGCCCAUCACACGGUCUACAACCUCCUAGAGGAUUUAUCGGUACCAUGCCGGGAUCCGAUUUGCAAGAAGUAGAGGAAGAAGACGAAAAUGAGCAAAGUUUUUCGCACAAUACGCCUUCAAGGAUGCCUCUUAUCUGGCAAUCGUCUGACCGGGAGUCUAGCAGAGCACCAAGUCCAAACACCUCCAGCAACACGACAUCCUCGACACCGGCUGUGCCCGUAGUGCUAGUGAUACUGUUCCUUAUCUCAUACGUUUGCCUAGGGGCGACAAUUUUCACAUUUACCAGCGGGUGGAGUUUCCUAGAUGCAGCCUACUUUUGUUUCAUAGCCCUCUCCACUAUUGGAAUAGGCGAUCGACUUCCCCAAAACUCCGACUACAGCACGCAACUUCAGCUCCUCGCUUGUUGUUUAUACUUGUUCAUUGGACUUGUGAUAGUGGCCAUGUGUUUCAGUUUAGUGCACGACGAAGUUGUCACCAGGUGUCGGCAAUUUGCCAUCACCAUGGGACUGGUGAGACACUGACAAAAAUCUCAAUGUCAAAAUGGGACCACGGACAAUUUCGUGUAAUUUGA